AUGUUCCAGGUUAUCAUUACAUACCAUUCGCCAAAAGAAGAUCUCAAUCAGUGGACAUUAGAAGACAAAUUAGUGAUAAGUUAUCAAAAUCGACGAUGGAGUAAAGUUUUGGAACAGAACCGUCCUUGUUUAUUUGUAAAAGAUGACACAAGCAGUAAAGAUUUACCCGCAUUUUCAUCAAAUUUGAAGGCAACAUUUGCAAGCACCAAUCGAUCUGGUCGAUCAGCAAUUAUACAGUCCAGAAACAAUCAAUUUCAGUUAUCGGAUCAGCAACAAAGCAGGAUUGAAACAAACUUGCACAAAGUCAUUUGUAACUCACCCGCAUCAAAAAUCCCACCUCAAACAUCAAGUAGCAUUUAUGGAAGGAAUAUUGAAGAAAUGGAAGAGAAAUUGGAUCAGUUCAAGAGUGAUGUCCUUGAUGAUAUCAUCCAAUGUGGUGUUUAUACGGAUAGCUCUAAAGCAAGAAAUAUGCCGAAUGCUUAUACUUAUUUCAGUGUUAUCCAGCAGUGUAUUUCAAAAAAUGUGAUAGAAAAUUCGACUCUUACAAUGGCAAAUUUACAGCAAGCAAUUAAUGAAUUACUCAGAGAUAUUGGUGUAUCCAAUAUUGAAGUGAAUAAGAUGAUUCAGAUAGCGAAUUCAAAGCCUACGAGUGAACAAGUGCCUAAUUACAAGGAUGAAGAAUUCGAGAGUGAUAAAGGUGAAUCUUUAUCAGUGAUUGCAUCUGUGGAAAGUGAUUCAGAUAAAUUAGCUAAAGAAGAUAAGUCCGUAGCGUCAAAUUUUGGAUCAGCAUCGAACAGAAGCACUGAUUCAUUCACGACAUCGAGCAAUUCUUCUCUAACUGAUACAUCUAAUUGA